CAAAUCGCCCAGGUGGACGGUCUUCCUCUGCUGACACUGUACACCAAAAAGCCGUGUCCUUUGUGCGAUGAUUUGGUGUCACAAUUGGAACAGAAAUAUGCUGGUAAAUUCAGACUGGAAAAGGUUUACAUCGACCGCAAGGAGAAUGUACGUUACUUGCGGCUAUUUCGGCAUGAUAUACCUGUCUUGUUCUUUAAUGGCCAAUUUCUAUGCAUGCACAAAUUGAACGAGGAAGCGCUGCGAGAACGUCUGGCUGGCUUGGAAUAGGUUUAAACAUCUGUACAUCUGGCAUAAACCAAAUUUAACGUUUAAAAUAA